AUCAAUAAUAACCAUGACACGGCCAAUAUUUACAAUCCUUGUUAUUAUGGCAGCUGCCUUCAUCUUUAGCGACGGCAUCUUCGUCGCCGUCGUGGAAAGCGGUCCAAACCUAACCAAGGUCUAUCACGACUGCGGCUUGAAGCAAGAAAUCAGCAAAGAAAUGAGAAGCCUGGCAAUUUUCUCACUGGGAGAUGCGAUUGAUGAUGCACAGCCCGGCCACGACCCUUCCUGCAAGGUAUACGUACAGGGCUAUCUCACCGUCGCCGCCUCUGCGUACUGUUUCGGCUCGAUUUCUCCCGUCGACUGCAAAGACUGUCUCCAUAAAUCUGGGAACCGGCUCAUGUACAAACUGUGCCCACGUUCGUUCGGUGGCCAGCUCGAAGUUGGCGAUUGUUGGGUGAAGUACGACACCUCCAGGUUUUGUGAUUGAGGUUUUGCUGUGUCUCCAACUUUGUAAUAGACCAAGUGAUCAGUG